UCCAUUGACUAGUCCUAACUGAAAGCCCUAAACCCCCGUCGGUCGCCUCGCCCUCUUUCUCGCUCGCCUCCGCUCCUCCGCUCCCUCCCAACCUUCGUCACCGCCAGUCUUCCGCCACCUCCGCAGCUCCGCCGGCUUCCUUCUCUCCUGCGCCCGCCUUCCUCCGCCGCUGCUGGCAGCCUCCGCCGAGGGUUUAGUAGGGAGAGGGAGAAGAGGAGGAGGAGGAGGAAGAGGAGGAGGAGAUGGCAUCGGACGAUGAGAUCAGCCGUUUGUUCCGGAUCCGACGGACGGUGAUGCAGAUACUGAGGGACAGGGGUUACCUGGUCUUGGAUGUGGAGAUCGAGAUGAACAAGAGGCAGUUCUUGGACAAGUUCGGCGAGGCUGUGAGGCGGGAGGACCUCGUCAUCAACAAGGCCAAGAAGAACGACCCUUCCGACCAGAUUUAUGUGUUCUUCCCGGAAGAACCGAAAGUUGGCGUGAAACAAAUAAAACAAUAUAUAGAACGGAUGAAAGCAGAGAAUGUGAUGCGAGGAAUAUUAGUUGCUCAACAGAAUCUGACUCCCUUCGCCAGAUCAUCCUUGCUUGAAGUUUCUCAGAAAUAUCAUUUGGAAGUUUUUCAGGAGGCAGAGCUUUUGGUCAACAUCAAAGAGCAUGUACUUGUACCAGAGCAUCAACUGUUGACUCCAGAGGAGAAGAAGACACUGUUGGAGCGCUAUACUGUAAAAGAAACUCAGCUUCCUCGGAUUCAAGUUACGGACCCAAUAGCGAGAUACUACGGCCUAAAACGUGGGCAGGUGGUGAAGAUCAUUCGACCGAGUGAGACUGCAGGAAGAUACGUGACCUAUCGAUAUGUUGUUUGAGUUCCCAACCCCCCCUUCAAAUAUAUGAGCUCCUCUUAGUGUGCUUAAUGUAGUUCUUAGUGCCUAAUCUAAAAAGUGUCAGAGUUUGUGCCCUUUUGCUAAAAAGACUAGAGAUGCACAAUCUUUUAUGAACAUUGCAGAUUGUAAGCAGCAUGAUCCUUUUCUUGAAUUUUGUAUGCUCAUUGUUUCUCUCUCUCUCUCUCUCUCUCUCUCUCUCUCCCCUUUUCUUUUGUGAUAAGAAUGUUGGUCAUCUGAAUGCAGCAGCUGCUUUAUUUUA